AUGUCCGGCACUACGGACAACGGGGUCACCGGGACUCAUAACUUACAGACGAAUUUCAUAGAAUGUAAACUUUACAAAAGACGAUGGCUUAUGUUGGUGCUAUUUGUCCUGUGUUCGAUGAUCAACGCUGUACAAUGGAUACAGUACAGCAUCAUAUCAAACGUGGUUAUUAGAUUUUAUAAUGUGUCGAGUUUUGCUGUGGAUUUCACAUCCAUCGUAUACAUGAUCACCUACAUACCACUUAUAUUCCCGGCGUCGUGGAUACUAGAAAAAAAGGGACUUCGCGUGGCUAUGGUAGCCGGCUCGUGUGGCACGAUGAUCGGUGCCUGGUUUAAAGUCGCGUCUUCCAGUCCGGACAGAUUUUAUAUGACCAUGUUGGGUCAAACGAUUGCGGCUAGUUCACAAGUUUUCAUAUUGAACUUGCCGGCACGCCUGGCAGCAGUGUGGUUUGGCCCGUCUGAAGUGUCUACGGCAUGUUCAAUCGGAGUGUUUGGAAAUCAGUUCGGUGUGGCUCUGGGCUUCUUGUUGCCACCAUUAUUAGUUCAAGACACCGGCGAUUUGUACGCCAUUUCUGCGGGCUUGUCACGAAUGUUUUACGCCACAGCCAUAAGUUCGACACUAGUGUUUAUACUAAUAUACUACUUCGUCAAGCCAUCCCCGCCAUUACCACCGAGUUUGGCACAAGCGAAUCAGAGGUCGACCAGUAGCAACGAUCCGAAAAACUUUGUUAAGUCUUUGUGGAGACUAGUGUACAACUACGGAUUCGUUUUGUUAUUACUGUCAUACGGCAUGAACGUCGGUUCGUUUUAUGCCAUUUCCACGUUGCUAAACCAAAUUAUAUUGGAACAUUUUCCUGACAACUUGGUAGAUGUCGGCAGGAUAGGUCUAACGAUCGUCCUUGCAGGAAUGGUGGGUUCAGUGGUGUGUGGUUUUAUUUUGGACAGAACGCAUCUUUUCAAAGAAACUACUUUAGUGGUGUAUGGUUGUUCGUUGGUCGGCAUGGUAGUCUACGCGUUCACCUUGUCUUGCGGACACAUAUUGGUUGUGUACCUGUCAGCAAUCCUACUUGGGUUUUUUAUGAAUGGUUAUUUAGCGGUCGGGUACGAAUUAGCGGCUGAACUGACCUACCCAGAGUCUGAAGGAACGUCCAGUGGAAUGCUAAAUGCAGUGGUGCAAGUAUUCGGCAUCGUUUUCACCUUGAUUUAUGGAUGGAUUAAUAAUGCAGCCGGAGACAAGAAAGCCAAUUUAUUUUUAACCGGAACGCUCGUCUUAGGAACCUUUCUCACUGCCAUGAUACCAUCAGACUUGCGGAGGCAAGCGGCUCAAGAAAAAAAAUCAUUGGUUAAUUAA